AUGGCCAUCACAGGUCAUUUCAUUGAUGAAUCUUGGACUCUUAGAAGCAUUAUCAUGAGGUUCAUUUAUGUCCCUGCCUCUCACACCGCUGAUGUGAUUGGUGAAGAAUUAUAUGAAUCCUUGGUUGAUUGGAACCUUGAUGAGAAGAUAUCCACUGUGACUCUUGACAACUGCACUACAAAUGAUGAGGAUGGUCUAGAACCUUUGAAAAAUACAAUUGAGAAUAUUCGUGAAAGUGUAGCAUAUUGGACAGCCACACCAAAAAGAAUUGAGAAGUUUGAGGAGACUGCUAAGUUUAUCAAAGUUCAUAUGAAAACUAAGAUCAAUCUUGAUUGUAAGACUAGAUGGAACUCAACCUUCAACAUGCUUAACAUUGCAUUGUCUUAUAAAGUUGUUUUCAUUAGAGCCAGUCGUGUUGAUAAGCAGUACACUUGUUUGCCAAGUGAGGAAGAAUGGAAUUUUGCAGCAGAAGUUGUAGAAAGGCUUCACAUGUUUAAUGAUAUAACUGAAUUAUUCUCUGGAACUCAGUAUGUUACUGCAAAUAUUUACUUCAUGAAGAUCUAUGAGAUUAGAGUAAAAAUUAGGCAAUGGUCCACUUGUGGCAACCCAUUACUACAAGCAAUGUCAGCUAAUAUGAUUGCCAAGUUUGACAAGUGUUGGUCUGAUAUUCAAGGGCUAAUGGGCAUUGCAACUGUUCUUGAUCCUCGGCUUAAAACUUUGAGCUUGCUGAUGUGUUUUGAGUGGUUACUUGGUAUGACCGGACAAGUUUGUGAGGAUAAGGUUGCCUUAGUCAUGGAUUUGCUACGAGAUCUAAUGAUUGAGUACCAUGUCGAAGUGGUAGAAGUUGAAGAAACCACAGCAGCACCUUCUACUAGUAAUUUGGAGUUCUUAUCAUCCUUUAGUGUACGUGUGGCAAGCACAAGACCAGAGUCCAUGAUGUAUAAGUCUGAGCUAGAGAGGUACAUAGAGGAUGGACUAGUGCCAUUAGAUACCAAGGGUUUUAAUGUUCUAGAUUGGUGGAAGGUAGCCGGAUCUCGUUACCCAACUUUGAGGAGGAUAGCUAAGGAUAUUUAUGCAAUCCCUAUUACUACAGUUGCUUCAGAAGCUGCUUUUAGUACAAGUGGAAGAGUUCUUAGUGAUCAUUGCAGCAGUUUAACCCCUCAGAUGAUAGAGGCUUUGAUGUGCUCACAGGAUUGGUUUCGUAACAAGUACGGAGUUGAUGACAAAGAUAAGAAUGCUGCUUCGUUUUGGUCCUGUCUCCAAGAUAUGUCUCCAAGAUAUUCAAGAAGGUCUUCAGGAACUUAA